AUGAUGAAACUCGUGCUCGUCGCUCUCUGCAUCGCCGCGGCCCAGGCCGGCUUCCUGGCCCCGGCAGCCGCCCCGAUCGCCUACUCUGCGCCACUGGCCUACUCGGCACCAGCGACCUACAUCAAGUCCGCCCCGCUGGCCUACUCGGCGCCUCUGGCCUACGCCGCCCCGGCCUACUCGACCUACGCCGCCUCGGCCCCGAUCAUCCGCAGCUACUCCGCCCCGGCCAUCCGCACCAGCAGCUACGCUGCACCGGCCAUCCGUAGCUACUCCGCACCGCUCGCUAUCGCCGCACCGGCCAUCCGCAGCUACUCGGCUCCUCUGGCCAUCGCUGCCCCGGCCAUCCGUGCCCAGCCUCUUGCCUACGCCUCGGCCUACUCCGCCCCGGCUAGCUACAGCAGCUACUCGACCAGCUACUCCGCACCCACCAGCUACUCCAGCUACUCGUCUCCACUGUCCUACAGCAGCUACUCCGCACCAGCCAGCUACUCCACCUACUCGGCUCCUCUGUCUUACGCCGCCCCCAUCGCCGCCGCUCCUCUGGCCUACGGCAACGGAUGGUAA